CACAAACACGUCGACCUCAAAGGGUUUGGUGCCGCCAUGCCGCAGAAGGUGCAGCCCAUGUCGAGGGGCGCGGAGCGCGAGGAACUUCGCUUCGCGCAGAGUCGACCUGCCCAACAUGCCGAGAAUCAGUACGAGGGAUUCUUCAAGGGCAUGGGCUCCACUUCCAAGGAGGUGAUUUGCAGCAAGAAGGCCUCGCAAUUGAAGCGCUUACACGAGGCCACCCACUUUGCCAUUGGCUGUCAGAAGUGGGACGAGGACACUCGAGGGGCUUCUGUGAGCCAUAGCACCUUCGUGGAUCCUGAAGUGGUCUAUGCCACCUGUGAUGCCCCGGACAAGAAUAUGAGUGUCGUGGAGCUGCGGCAGCAAGUCUUUAAACCGGUGACCCACUACCGCACCGAGCAGCGGGACCGCUUCGAGGAUCCAGGUCCCCAGCCCAAGAACGACCCGCUCAUCCCACCGGUGACCGUGCACCUGGGCGAUGACCAACCUGGCUAUGCGCUGCAGAGCCAUGCGGUGCACCGGAAGAUUCCAGCUGAGGAGCACCACGGCGCCCGGGCGCUGCGCGCGGCGGGCAGCGGAGUGCUGAUCCCCACUGCGGUCUUCCCGAAACCCGUGAGGUGCAACCCGGUCACUGGCGGUCCCAGGAACCUAGAUGUCUACGACCUGGGUGUGGCCAACGCGGUGCGGCACGAUCGUGUGAGCCAGAAUAGUUCCACCAUCGUGCGCGAGGCCCAUGUGCGGAACCCCAUCUCGGGGACCGUGAUGCCACUGCAUGAAUAUGCGAACCCCAGAGGAAUUGGCGAUGCAAAGAUGAGCACCCCAUAAACCAUGGUGGAUGCAGCGUUUCACUCGCACUGAGAUCGAACACGCGAUGCCUGCCUUGAGGUUUCGCAGAGAUGCUCAGA